GUUCUUCACUGACAACUUUCCAGCGCGCGGAAUUGUACAAGGAGUGGAAUCGCAGUGAAUACUUUUUACACGUUUUAUUGUCUUGCCAACUGUUUAAACAUUAUUUUAUCCUAAAACCUAAGGUAACGGCACCAUGUGGAACCAAGGGGGAUCAUACGGUGAAUCAAACAUGGUUGGUGGAUACACUCAGUCCCCGGGAGGAUUCGCAUCACCUGCUGCCUCCCAGGGAGGAGAGAAGAAAGGGAGACAACGUGCCCAACAGAUUGUCCCCUGCACAGUGUCCCAGCUCAUGUCUGCUGCCCAAGCAGAGGAUGUCUUCAGAGUGGGAGAGGUAGAGGUUGCCCAGGUUACCAUUGUGGGCAUCAUCAGAACCACUGACAAAUCCAUGACCAACAUCCAGUACAAAGUCGAUGACAUGACAGGGGCCCCUAUGGACGUGAAGCAGUGGGUAGAUACGGAGGAUCCCAGUGUGGACAGCACUGUCAUCCCGCCAGGCACUUACGUCAAGGUCUCUGGCAAUUUGCGUUCCUUCCAGAACCACAGGUCUGUGGUGGCGUUCAGCGUCCGGCCCCUAGAGGACAUGAACGAGAUCACCUCCCACAUGCUGGAGGUGGUGCAGGCACACGUACUGUUCAGCAAACCACAGACUAUUAUGAUGGGCGGAGGAGGGGGAAUGAACACUAGCAUGGUGCCCAUGUCACGGCCGGGAAUGGGUAGCAACAUGGGAAGUGGAUACUCGGGUGCCAACGACAUGUCCGCUAACGGCCUGAGCCCGAGCCAGAACCAGGUGCUGAGCUUGAUAAGGAGCUGUCCAGACGCACAGGGUAUCAGCAUACAGGAUUUGAAGCAGAGACUCAGCGGCAUGAGCUUGGCUGUCAUCAAGCAAGCAGUGGAGUUCCUCAGCAACGAAGGACACAUCUUCUCCACCAUCGACGAGGAUCACUUCAAGUCUACGGACAAUGACGACUAAAGCAUCUCUCCAUUCCCUGUUAGCACUAAGAACAUGAUCAUAGUCUUGGGACCAUUCUCAACACACUGUGCACUAUGAGCGGACGGUUGUAUAUAAGAAUAACACACAAAAUCCUCUCAGAAUUUUAAGACAAUAGAACCUGUAGUCAUUCAUGGAACAGUGAUUCAUACUGAGGAACAUAAAGGGAUGUGUCUAUAUAAUCCUAAGGGUUUCUGUGAAAUGAGGCCUUCUUGGUUAGACUGACGUGGAUGCCAGUGUUCACACAUCCUGUUUCAACUUCUGUUAAUGAUACCACAGUAAGAGUGGGUGCAUCACAGUCCAAUGGUUUUUCUCACGGUGAAUGCAAUCUAAGAGUGACUGACCAGUUCUCUGAAUCAUCGGUCUUGGUAGUUGUCAUUUAAAAAAUGGUGAACAGAAUGCAAAACUUUGCUAUUCUAUUCAGAUGUUCUGUAUGUUUUGUUUUUGUCUCUAGUAAACAUAUAUUUUCAGAAAAAUGUCA